AACACCCCAAACCUGACACCAUGAAGAUCCCGCUGCUCGCUGCUGUGGUUCUUCUCUCUCUCCUGGCGUUCCACUCUGCUCAGGGGGCUGCCCUGGCUAGUUCUGAGGAAGGAGUCACCAUUGGCAACAAUGAGGCAGCACCCAAGGAGGCCCAGUUUCUGGACAUUGAGAAGUUGCGAUCUGUUUUUAACACCAAUGAAUUCCUGAACUGGCCCGCCCUCCUCCAGUCUGUCAAAAGGAGACUUCCUUUCCUCAACUGGAAUGCUUUUCCUAAGCUGAGAGGAGUGAUGGGUGCCCCUGCCAAUGACCAAUGACCAACGCCUUCGAGACCCAGCACUGCUGAUACCACUGAAAGAGGGGGCCAGUGUGGGAUCUGGUCACCAUCCUAUCUAUGACCACUCUUUGCCGCCUCAGUAACUCCAAUAAAAUGUUUUCCAAACAAAAGACUCCUGUAUCUG